AUGCUAUCAAAAUCAGAAAAGAAUGUCGACCUCUUGGCAGGAAACAUGAGUAAUUUGAGUUUUGAUGGACACGAAACGCCUAGAACCUCUGGACUAUUUAAUUCUAACCAAAACUAUACGAAGAGGAGGAUGAGGCCCACUGGUAUUAAUGAUUCGCCUUCUCCAGUGAAAUCAUCCAUUUAUUCAUAUGAAGAUAACUCUAACAUGGAGAUCGAUGAAACAUCUCAGCCUGAUAUGGAUGUCACAAACUCUCCAAAAAAACUUCCUCCAAAAUUCUACGAAAGAGCCGCCUCAAAUAAAACGCAAAGAGUUGUUAGUGUUUGCAAAAUGUACUUUCUAGAAUAUUAUUGUGAUAUGUUUGACUAUGUAAUUAGUAGAAGACAGCGUACCAAACAAGUGCUGGAUUAUUUGCAACAGCAAAACCAACUUCAAAAUUCGGAUCAGACAAAGCUAAAUGAGGAAUGGUCCUCAUACUUACAAAGGGAGCAUCAAGUUCUUAGAAAAAGAAGAUUGAAACCAAAAAAUAGGGAUUUUGAAAUGAUCACACAAGUCGGUCAAGGUGGUUAUGGGCAAGUUUAUUUAGCUAGAAAGAAAGAUACAAAAGAAGUGUGUGCCUUAAAGAUUUUGAAUAAAAAAUUAUUGUUCAAACUCAACGAGACAAAACACGUUUUAACUGAAAGAGACAUUUUGACCACUACAAGAUCUGAAUGGUUAGUAAAACUCCUAUAUGCAUUCCAAGACUUACAAAGUUUAUAUCUCGCCAUGGAGUUUGUACCAGGGGGUGAUUUUCGUACAUUAUUAAUAAAUACUAGGUGUUUGAAGAGCGGUCAUGCCAGAUUUUAUAUUAGCGAAAUGUUUUGUGCUGUGAACGCGUUGCAUGAUCUAGGUUAUACACAUAGGGAUUUAAAACCAGAGAACUUUUUAAUUGACGCCAAGGGGCAUAUAAAAUUAACAGAUUUUGGUUUAGCUGCUGGAACGAUUUCUAAUGAAAGAAUCGAAAGUAUGAAAAUAAGGUUAGAAAAAAUCAAGGAUCUAGAAUUUCCAGCUUUUACAGAAAAAUCUAUAGAAGACAGAAGGAAAAUGUAUAACCAACUGAGGGAAAAGGAAGUUAACUAUGCCAAUUCAAUGGUUGGAUCUCCGGAUUACAUGGCACUAGAAGUUUUAGAAGGAAAGAAGUACGACUUUACCGUGGACUAUUGGUCGUUAGGUUGCAUGCUGUUCGAAAGUCUGGUUGGUUAUACACCGUUUAGCGGAUCAUCGACCAACGAGACGUACGACAACUUAAGACGCUGGAAACAAACUUUAAGAAGGCCGAGACAAUCAGAUGGGAGGGCAGCAUUUUCUGACAGAACUUGGGAUUUAAUAACCAGAUUGAUUGCUGAUCCAAUCAAUCGAUUGAGAUCUUUUGAACACGUUAAACGUAUGCAGUACUUUGCAGAUAUAAACUUCAGUACUUUGAGGUCAAUGAUUCCGCCUUUUACACCUCAACUAGAUAGCGAAACUGACGCAGGUUAUUUUGAUGAUUUCACUAGUGAAGCUGACAUGGCCAAAUAUGCUGAUGUCUUCAAGAGACAAGACAAAUUAACUGCUAUGGUGGAUGACUCGGCAGUAUCCUCAAAGCUUGUUGGGUUUACUUUUAGGCAUAGAAAUGGUAAGCAAGGUUCCAGUGGAAUCUUAUUUAAUGGAUUAGAACACUCAGACCCAUUCUCAACCUUCUAUUAA